AUGUGUGAUAGAGUUCACUCUACUGAAAAAGACAAAGCUAGGUCAAAUGGGGAUCUGUAUGGAGUUGGUCCAGUUGGAUACAGGGAAAGGUCUAUUAUACAGUACUACAGUAGCAGCUACAUAUCUUACCCUCUAGAAGGAAAACAACACAAGAAAAACACCAAUAUUGGUUUAACCUUGGUACCUAGGUUAAAGGCCACUAGCUAA